AUCCACUUUAUAUAACUUUGUAAGAAAGCACCAUUUCGUUCUUCACAGAAAACAACAAAAACCGCAUAAGACAAAAUCAAUUAUCUUCUUUUUUUUCUUCAACUGAGGAGUGUUCUGUUCUGUGAGUCGAAGCUAGAGAAGGCAAUGAUGGCAGUGUUGAAUAGUAGCAGGCCAUGGACAAAGGUUGCUACACCAUCUUUCCCUUUUCAAUUUCUUCAUCAAUCAUAUUCUUACACUUCACGAAUCUUAUCCUUCCGACGUAAAUUCUCUGUCAAUGUUCUUUCACAACAAUCACUUCCUGUUCGUGUUCGUUUUGCUCCUUCUCCUACUGGUAACCUUCAUGUUGGUGGUGCCAGAACUGCCCUCUUCAAUUAUUUGUUUGCUAGGUCGAAAGGUGGGAAAUUUGUGUUGAGAAUUGAGGAUACUGAUUUGGAGAGGUCUACAAGAGAAUCUGAGGAGGCGGUGCUUCGAGAUCUUACUUGGCUUGGCCUUGAUUGGGAUGAAGGGCCUGGUGUUGGUGGCGAUUAUGGUCCUUAUAGGCAAUCCGAGAGGAAUUCUUUGUACAAAGAAUAUGCUGAGAAACUCCUUCAUUCCGGUCAAGUUUAUCGCUGCUUCUGUUCUAAUGAGGAACUAGAGAAAAUGAAGGAGUAUGCUAAACUAAAGAAUUUGCCUCCAGUAUACACAGGUAAAUGGGCCAAUGCAACAGAUAAGGAAGUGGAAGAAGAGCUAGCAAAAGGAACUCCUUAUACAUUCCGGUUUCGUGUCCCCAAAGGAAGUUUGAAAAUUAGCGACUUAAUACGAGGCGAGGUUAGUUGGAAUUUGGAUACGCUUGGAGAUUUUGUGAUAAUGAGAAGUAAUGGUCAGCCGGUUUAUAACUUUUGUGUGACGGUUGAUGAUGCUACCAUGGCUAUUUCCCAUGUUAUUAGAGCAGAGGAGCAUUUACCGAACACUCUAAGGCAGGCGUUAAUAUACAAGGCACUAGAAUUUCCCAUGCCGCAUUUUGCACACGUUUCCUUGAUUUUAGCUCCUGACCGGAGUAAAUUAUCAAAGCGACAUGGAGCAACAUCAGUCGGUCAGUACAGGGAAAUGGGAUACCUACCUGAGGCAAUGAAUAAUUACCUUGCAUUAUUAGGUUGGGGCGAUGGGACCGAAAAUGAGUUUUUCACCCUUGAUAAACUUGUUGAAAGAUUCACUAUUGAACGUGUGAACAAAAGUGGGGCCGUAUUUGAUUCCACAAAGUUAAGGUGGAUGAACGGUCAACAUUUAAGAGCACGUCCAUCAGAGGAGGUGUCCAAACUUAUCGGAGAGCGCUGGAAGACAGCUGGCUUGCUCACGGUAUCAGAAGGGCCCUUCGUUGAUGAAUCAAUCGAACAACUUAAAGAUGGGAUUGACUUGAUAACUGAUGCAGACAAGGCGCUUUCUAACUUGCUUUCUUAUCCUCUACAUGCCACUUUACAAAGCCACGAAGCGGAAUCUGUCAUACAAGAUAAUCUUCAAGAGUUUUGUGCAAGCUUAUUGGCUGCCUAUGAUAGCGGUGAUCUGGUACGUGCACUCGAAGAAGGCCAAGCUGGCUGGAAAAAUUGGGUCAAAAGCUUCGGCAAAUCACUUAAGCGCAAGGGAAAAUCACUCUUCAUGCCACUUCGGCUUCUGCUAACCGGAAAACUCCACGGGCCUGAUAUAGGAGCUAGUGUCGUAUUGCUUUAUCAAGCUGGGACUACUGGUAUCAUAGCUCCCGAAGUUGGUUUCGUGACUAUUGAUGAAAGAUUUAAAGUGCUUAGACAAAUUAAUUGGGAAACACUGUCCAAAGAUCAUGCUGUGAAGGAGACUGCUUCUACUGUCUAAUUGAGAGAAUUCACCUUCACUAUGGUUUUGCACUUCUAUUUAGAGGCUUCUUUCAUGCUUUUUUAUUUUUUUUUGUUGAUUUUUUACAACAAAGAAAACUAAUUUUGUGAUUUACUGAGGGGUGUUUAGUCAGAGAAACAUUUGUUAUAAAGAUUUUUUGUUAAUUAGAAUUUUGAUAUAAAUUGAAGAUAAAAAAUGAUCAUAACAUCAAGGUGAGUGAGGGUCACCUGCCCUUUUUAUAAAGAGUGAAUUUAUUUUAUAUGUAAUAACUUCUUUAGCAUCAUGUUUUUAUGAGGGAUGAAGAAAGAAACAAGUAAAAAAAGGGAUGUAUGUAUAGACGAAUGGGAAAUUUUUUUUUUGGGUAGAGGAA